UACCUCUUAUCAUAUCUGUAUCUUUGCAUGAAGCAAAAUAUAAUACAUAUUAGUGUUUAUCCAACCUCUCGUGUUUUAACAGUGGCAAAAAAAAAUCAAAAAUGUGUUUGGCAUUUUUAGUGAAAUAUAUUUUGUUUUUCGUGAAUUUCAUAUUCUCGUUAAUCGGCCUCGCUGUUAUUGCAAUUGGAGUGAUAAUUCUAGUAUCUCCGGAAAUAUUACUGGAAUUUUUAACGAAUGAAAACUUACCGGAAAAUCUCACGGAAAUACAUACGAAAUUAUUUGCGGACGUACCAACGGAAAUACCUACGAGUAUAUCUGUAACAAUCAUAAUAUUAGGUGGAAUUUUGUUCCUCAUCUCGUUCUGUGGGUGCUGUGGAGCUAUUACCGAGUCCCAAUGUCUUCUUGUAUCGUUCUCUAUCGUUAUGCUGAUAUUGGCUGCACUGAAAAUAAUUUUGGCGGUACUGUUGUUCAAACUAUUUGACACAGAAUUUAUUAUAAAUACCGUAACAAAUAGUUUUGAUAAUGGCAGUAACACUAAUUUCCAUGGUAUUGAAUUAACAUUCAAAUGCUGCGGGCUAAACGGCUCCGCGUCCUAUGAUCACAUGCCCGACUACCAAGAAUACUUACCGCCGACAUGCUGUGACCUGGACUUGGAGAAUUUACCAGAUAUAAACGACAUCGAAGAUAUUGGGGACAUAGAUAUAAGCGAAUACGAAUGCACUAGAGACAAAGCUUUCGAUGGAUGUUUGGACAUCAUUGUUGAAAUAUUCGAAAAGUCCAUACGCAUUACAUUGUAUGUAUUUUUGGGGAUAAUAGGUGUAGAGCUGAUCUCAAUGGUGUUCUCAACCAUUGUAUGCUGUUCAAAAUCGAACAAGAAAAAACAACCUACUUACUAUUACCGUUAAUAUAUAAGUUUAGAGUAAUUA